CUAGUAUGUGUUAUUUUCUUUUUGGGUGUUCUUUUCUUGGCUAAUCUCUAAUGAAUAUUUAGUUUUUACGGCCUAUUGCAAAUGUAAUUUAAAAAUAUAUAAUACGGAAAUUCACGAAAUUCGCGAGAACAUAAGCAAGUAUUUGAAAUUCAUAUUGUAUAUACACUCAUGUGUAUGCAAAUAACGCUUUGGUGAAUACAGUGACGUUACGGAGCUAAAAUGCGAUUGCACUUUGCUUUGAUUUUAUUGCUUUCGGCCGGCGCCACGCUGUCGAAUUCCAGCAAUUCGAACUCCUCACUUGCACAACUGGAGCACAGCCUCAUCGAUAAGCCUGAAUGCAAAGAAUUACGCUCGCUCUGUGCACACCUUAAACAAACUGACAAUGUCUCGGUACUGGAAUGUGUCAGUACCUUUUCGUCCAGUCAGCUGGAGGCAGUGCCCGAUAAAUGUCAGCAUGCCUUAUGGAUGCAGCAGCGUGCAAUGCAAACUGAAAAGUGGAUAUCCCAGCAAUUGGUGCCACAACAUUGCAGCGCACAGCAACAGCAGCUGACAUCCUGCGGUAAUGCGGUGAGUCUGUGGAGCUGUAUACAUGAGCGUGCCAUACGUAUGGAGCAUAGUAGCGAAUGCCGUGCUUACAUUUUGCGUGCAAUUGCGACACUGUUUCCAGACUUUGAUCAAUUGGGCGAUUUUUUAAAUAAUUGCGGCGCUCAAAUUGAGCAACUAGAAUGCGGCCGACUUAACUUAGAACGCAGGAGCAUGUCACAAAUUGAGACAGUGCAGUGUUUGCAAGAGACUGCCGCCGAUUCAUUGGAGGCGAAAUGUAAGUCUGAAUUAACAGCAAUGGAACAUCAGAGAAAGGAUUUAGAAUUCUUUGAAGCUUGUGGUGACGAUUGGAGACGACUGUGUGGGCAAGAAAAUGCCGGUACAGCCGCCGCAUUCAAGUGCUUAGUCAAAAAUAAAGCUGAUCCAACAAUGACACGUCGCUGCAACGAAAAAAUUGCACAACGAGACCGCGAAAUCGGCAAAGAUUAUCGGCUUUCCCACGGGCUUGCUAAAGCUUGCAAGGAUGAUAUAAAACAAUAUCAUUGCCGACGUGGCGUGUCUGAAGACAAACAAGUGCGUUUGGCACAAAUUUUACUUUGCCUUGAAUCAGUUGUUAAGAAUGGCUCCGUAGUCUCAACAGAGUGUCAGACCGAAAUAAACGAUCACCGUCGUAUGUUGAUGCAUGACUUUAAAUUGUCUCCAGAAAUCCUUAGCGACUGCUCCGAUGAUAUUCCAAAGUUUUGUGGAGACAUUGAAAAAAGUCAAGUUGUCAGAGGUGGAGCUUUGGGCAAUACUGACAAUGGACAAAUAAUUCACUGCCUCAUGGAGCAUGCGCGGUCGAAACGUAGGAAGGACCGACGUGUUACAGCGCAAUGUCAGCGAUCGCUGGAAAAGUUAAUAAAAGCAGCCGACGUGGGCGAAGACUGGCGCGUGGAUCCAGUGCUACGACGGGCUUGUAAACCGGUUGUCGAUGUAGCGUGUCGCGACACCGACGCUGGCGAAGCACGUGUGAUGUCUUGCCUCAUGGAACGUAUUGGCACGCCGAUAAUGAGACCAGAUUGCGAACAAGCGCUGAUGCUGAUACAGUACUUUGUGGCACGUGACUUCAAACUAGAUCCACAGCUUUAUAAGCAUUGUCACGACGAUGCUAUUAAGUAUUGUCGUGCUAAACACGUAUGGGAUGAUGCUAACGAUGUACAAAUGGAUCCCGAGCGGGGGCCACUCAUACUACCUUGCCUGCAUCGUAUCGCCUACAGUGAUGACGAUAACUUGGCGUUACGAAAGGACUGCUUCAAAGAGGUCAAACGAGUGAUGCGCCAGCGGGCUGUAUCUGUCGACCUCAUUCCGGAAGUUGAAGAUGAGUGCAUCGAGGACUUGUCCAUAUACUGCUACGACCGCACACAGAAGGGUGCUGAAAUGGAUUGUUUGCAGACAAAUCUUGAGAAACUCACACCAACGUGUAAAAAAGCGGUUACUACCUACACCGAAGAAGAGGCUGAACACAUUGAACUGAAUCCAGUUAUAAUGUCUGUGUGCAUCAAUGCCAUGCAGACGCAUUGCGAACAUAUACUGAAAGGGGAAAAGGAUAAAGGCGACAUGAUGGAUUGUCUCAUUGCGCAUAAAAAUGAUGCAGAUCUGAGGCAAGAUCUUAAAUGUCGGGCGGCUAUUGAGCAUUUUCAAAUUAUCUCCUUGAAAAAUUAUCAUUUUACAUAUAAAUUCAAAACGGCGUGUCGUCCACAUGUCACGCGCUUCUGUGCUUCGAGCACAACCAAAAAUGACGUCGUAGCAUGUCUGAGCGAAGUAAUGCGUAAUGACACCAUACGCGGUCAGCGGCAUUCAAUACCCAAAGAGUGUCGCCAACAGGUUAAAGCACAGCUUUACCAACAACGCGAAUCUAUAUUGCUUGAUCCGAAAUUGGCAAAUGCAUGCAAAAAAGAGCUGGAGACAUUUUGUGGUGGGGAAAAAGGGCCUGGCCAGGUGAAUAAGAAUGCUGUGGAGUGUCUUCAAGAAAACACGCAGCGUCUUGGCAGCUCCUGUCAUCAUGCAAUUUUCCUAGUGAAGCGUUCUCAGCUCACUGACAGCGGGACUGAUUAUACCCUGGUGAAUACUUGCAAAGAAAUGACCUAUCGAUUUUGUAACAAUGUAGAUUCUGAUCACCUGCUGGAUUGCCUCAAAACAUACAAGGAUGAUCCUCUCUUCGAUCAACGCUGUCACUUGGUGGUCGUGAACCGCAUGAUUGAGCAAAACACUGACUACCGCUUUAAUCCGUCCUUACAGCUGGCGUGUGGUAAGAACAUAGAUCGGUAUUGCUCUCAUAUUGUCGCCACCGCACAGCCGAAUGAGGAACUAAAUGGUUUGGUUAUACAAUGUUUAAAAGAUAAAUUUCGCCAAUCACGCUUGGAUUAUAAUUGCACGCAAGAGAUGAUUAAGGUAUUACAAGAACAAGCCUUGAACUAUAGACUGAAUCCACUGUUGCAGAAUUUCUGCAAGUCUGAAAUUGAAGUGCUUUGCAAAGCGAGUCUCGAUAACAGAGAGCAUGGUAUGGUCGAAGAGUGUCUGAAAACGGCUUUCUUGAAUCACAAAAUUAUUAAUCGGGAUUGUCGCGUUGAAGUAGCAACACUGAUAGCUGAGGCCAAGGCCGACAUACAUGUCGACCCCAUACUACAGGAGGCUUGUACCGUAGAUUUACUGCGUUAUUGUUCCAAUGUACCAAGUGGAAAUGGAAGAAAACUAAAGUGUUUGCAAGUACUGCUGAAAGAUCAGUCGAAGGCCAUGGAGGAGGAUUGCCGCAUGAAACUACAGAAGCGUAUUGAAAUGUUCCGUAACGCAGACACGGUACUGGCUGAGCCGCCAGAAAAUAUGGAACAAUUAGUUAAUCAAGUUGUUUCGUCACCAGCAAAAAGGUUCUUCUUAAUUAUAUUUAUGUCCGCUGUAGGAAUGAUCUUCAUGAUGGGCAUCUUCCUCGGUCGUAUAAGUAAACGUGCAAUCAAUAUUAAAAAUAAAUAAACUGUCCAGUAGAACAAACAAGAAAAUUUUAACAAAAGCAACAAAUUCCCUUCCACUUUCCUUCCAUUCCUUCGAACAAUGUAUAAAAAUAUAAUUUUUCAGUUUUUCACAAUCGAGUGCUUAAUGUAUAAAUAUCAUAAAAAUACCUCCUUACAAAGAUUUAUUAUUGCAGCCUCAAAAUAUUUUCAUGCAUUACAUCCCUUUCCUUAUCAAACAAAUAUCGUUUCUUUUCAGGACUUUUUUGUUUUUUAUAUUUAGUGGUAUUGAAAACGAGUAUGUAACUUUAAUUUAGAUUGUUGCUCUAAAAAAUGUGAAUCCCCCUUUAGUUAUUAUAAUUGUAAAAAAUAUUCUUAUAUAUUUUUUACAGUUUGCAAAAAUAAAAUGUAGAAUAUAUUGUUAAAUGUGCUUAGAAUAAUAGACUAUGGUAAAAAAUUGGCAAAGUCAACGCUUUAUAAUAAUAAAAACUUUUUUAUGAAUUUAAAA